UCUGUCGUUAUUACCAAGUGCACCAAGGAAGAUUAGCGAAAGGGAAAGAAAUCUGUGUUGACUGGGGAGGGAAAGAUGGAGGAGAAGGCGGAUCUAGUGUUCAUCCCGUCGCCGGGGCUGGCCGGCCACCUGAUAUCGGCCGUGGAGAUCGCCCAUGUCCUCCUCGGCCGCGACCACCGACUCUCCAUCACCGUUCUCAACAUGAACAUCUCCAUCGACGCCAAAAUCACCUCCGUCAUCCAAUCCGUCCUCUCCUCCUCCUCUGACGAUCGCCGCCUGCGCUUCCUCGACGUCCCUCAAGACGCCGCCGCUGCCGAGCACGCCAAGUCCCACAACUUCUCCGAGUUCGUCAAGUCCCAAAAGCGCGGCGUUCGGCAGGUCGUCUCCCAGAUGAUCUCGGGCUCGGCCCGCCUCGCCGGUUUCGUCGUCGACAUGUUCUGCACCGAGAUGAUCGACGUCGCCAAGGAAUUCGGACUUCCAUCCUAUAUCUUCUUCACCUCCGGCGCCGGCUCGCUUGGCCUCAUGUUUUAUCUCCAGGCCCUCCAAGACGAAGAGAACCGGGACGUGACCGAGUUCAAGGACUCGGACACCGAGUUACCCGUCCCGGUCUUCGCCAACCCGUUUCCCACCAAGGUCUUGCCCACCAUGGCGAUGGACAAGAACGGCGGCUCCGCCAGGUUUCUCUCCAUCGCGAGGAAAUUCAAAGAAAGCGAGGGCAUUAUGAUCAACACGUUCAUAGAGCUGGAAGGUCACGCCAUCAAAGCCCUGUCGGACGACGACAAGAUCCCGCCGGUGUACCCCGUGGGACCCGUGCUCAAUCUGAAGGGCGACGGCGGCGACGCUCACGAAUCGGAAGCGAUACUGGGGUGGCUGGACAAGCAGCAGCCGGCGUCGGUGGUGUUUCUGUGCUUCGGGAGCAUGGGAUCCUUCGGCCGGGAGCAGGUGCGGGAGAUCGCGCUGGCCCUUGAGCGCAGCGGCCGCCGGUUCUUGUGGUCCCUCCGGCGGCCUACACGGGGUGUCAAGGAGGGCGAAAACGCAGAUCCAUUACUGCUGCUACCGGAGGGGUUCUUGGAGAGGACGGCGGACAAGGGGAAGAUGAUUGGGUGGGCGCCGCAGGUGGCGGUGCUGUCGCACCCGGCGGUGGGCGGCUUCGUGACGCACUGCGGCUGGAACUCCAUCUUGGAGAGCUUGUGGUGCGGCGUGCCGACGGCGGCGUGGCCGCUCUACGCGGAGCAGCAAGUGAACGCCUUUCAGCUGGUCGUGGAUUUGGGGAUUGCGGCGGAGAUAAAGAUGGAUUACGAGCAGGACUGGACGGGCGACCGUCAGGAGAUAGUAGCGGCGGAGGAGAUUGAGAGGGGGAUAAGGGAAGUGAUGGACGGCGGCCAAUUGAGGGAGAGAGUGAAGGAGAUGAGCGAAAAGGCCCGGGUUGCGGUGCUGCCGGGCGGGUCGUCGUUCAAUUCAAUCGGACGGUUUAUUGAUUAUGCGCUGCAUAAUAAAGGUACUCCAAGGAGUUGAUCAUGUUGUUGUGAGCUUGUGUUCGCUGACGGAUUUAAAGUGAGUUUUGAUGUAAUAAAUGCUAUUCUUGCUUUUGUUAAGAGAUCAUAUUAUUAUCGAAUUUGAGCUUUUGAAUUUGUAUCA